AUGUACUACGACCCGCUGGUCGCCCUCGUCAACCUCUCCCCCGUGGAAAAGCUGAGCGACGAAACGUCCAAAAAAAAGUCCAGGUGGGGAAACAGCUCUGCAAGUACUAACGUAGAAAACAAAGUAGUGCCAAGCAAAUGGGGGCCAGAAGAAACCAAGCCGUACUUACCCCUCCCCUUUGUGGAUCUCCCCCCAGGGUUAACUCCCUCCCAACUUGACCAGUUUCUACGCGAACAGAGAUACGACGAAUUGACAAAGAAACUAAAUAAAGGGGAGCUAGAAUAUGUAGACCCUGACAUUAGACCUCCAUCUCCUCCCCCUAUUUACGAUAAAAACGGAAGUAGAAUAAAUACAAGAGAAGCGAGGGUGAAGAACUGUAUGAUUGAGGAGUACCACAGGUUGGUGGAGUACCUCCUAAAGCAUGUAGAAGGAUUUGUAGCGCCUCCAAAUUAUAAGCCAAUUAAAAAAAUUAGAAAAAUUGAAAUACCAAUUGAUAAAUAUCCUGAAUAUAAUUUUAUGGGAUUAAUUAUUGGCCCUAGGGGAUGUAACCAUAAAAGGUUGGAGGCGGAGAGCGGUGCACAGAUAAGCAUCCGUGGUAAGGGGACCCUAAAAGAAGGAAAAAAAACGGACCACCAAACAGAAAUUGAAGCUAAUAUGCCUAAGCAUGUACACAUAUCUGCUGACAAUGAGGAAUGUGUUGAGAAGGCGGUCAGUUUAAUUACCCCACUGUUGGACCCCUUCCACCCACUACAUGAUGAGUAUAAAAAGAAGGGACUAGAACAAUUGGCACUUGUGAAUGGUAUUAACUUAAAUCAGUUAGAGGCACAGCGAUGUUCUAUGUGUAACUCCACCUCGCACAUGACUUUCGAGUGCCCAGAAAAUAUGAAUCUCCAAAAUUUUAAGAAACCAGAAAUUAAGUGUACCCUUUGUGGGGAUCAUGGGCACAUAACGCUUGACUGCAAGUUGGCUAAGAAUAAUAAUGCCAAGCCAGAUUUUAACCCCUCCCCCGAAAAGGGCUUCACCUCCGUUAGCAAUGGCACCGUUGGAAAUAUCCCCGCACCUCCCUCCACUGCGCCACCACCACCGUAUGAUAAACCCAGAGGGGUCACCCCCUAUGGGCAAACGUCCAGAAUUGAAAAAAUAAAAAUCGACUUGGAGUACCAAAGAAUGAUGAACGAGCUCAACCCAGAUAAAGAAAGCGGAGACCACUCCACUGCUAAGGAGUUAAAUAAAAGUGGAAAUGAAAGUAUCUAUGCUACGGGGGCGAAUGCUAUGGGGGCCAGUGCUACAGGUGACUUCCCCCCCCCAGCGGGCAGCCUCACCACGUUAGGAGACAUCCAUAUGGACUCAUUCAGCGACCCCGCACCUAACUUUUCAGAUCUGAGCACCAUCUUCCCAGGCACCACCGGAAACGGAAAAGGUAGCCGAGGGGGCAGAGGCGGAAAGGGUAGUAAAAGCAACAAAAAUUUUAAUAACGGGGUUAUGCCUCCUCCAAUGAACAGCAAAAAUAAAAACAACCCCAAUUUUAUCCCCUUGGGGCAAAAUAGCAGUGCUUUUUCAGAAGAGCUGAUGAGUGCAAAUACGUCUCCAAACUUUUACGAGUCGCACUCCAAAAAUGGGAGAAGCAGUUCACAAAAGAGUUCUGGCAAUAAGAAUUUUAAUGCGUCCGGAUCGAAUUACCCAAAUGCGAAUAACAUUCCGCUAAAUCCGCCCCUCCCUAUGUUACCCAAUUUUUUUAAUUUUCCUUUUAUGAAUAACGGCAUGGUACAAGGUGGUUCUGUGCCCUUCCCCAAUGGUCAGCAGAUGGCUCCUGGCCAGCAGCUACCCAUGGACCCCCUCUACAUGCAGGGCUUUCCGGGCUGGCCGCAAAUGCCCAUGGGCUACUCGGAAGAUAUGCUGGCGCACGCCGCUGCGCCUGACACGAAUCCGCCCCCCCUGCCAUCGGAAGGUGUGAACAACCAGGACGGCGCGAAUGUUACGUGA